AUGAUUGUUGCGAAUAUGAUGGGGCGAUUGGUUGACAGCGAUCACGUGGUUCGGAAGUACUGUAUCAGAGGCUUAGGAAAUGUUGGCAAUACACAUGAAACUUUGGUAAGCAUAAAGGCCCGUUUACACGGGCGAUUUUUGCUGCGAUUUCAGUUGCGUUUUCUCCUUUUGGAGCAUGUGAAGGAGUAGAUCAGUUAUAAAUUUUCCAGAUUAUGAAAUCUCAUAACAACAUCAUUGAGUAAUCUACUCCUUCACAUCCUCCAAAAGAAGAAAGUCGCAACUAAAAUCGCAGCAAAAAUCGCCCGUGUAAACGGGCCUUAAGGAAUAUGAAUAUAUCCGUUUAUAAUAUACUUUACUGUUCUGUACUGCAUUGUUCUGUUCUGUACUGUGAUGUGCUGCUGUGCUGUGCUGUAAUCCAAUGUCAUGUCACGUAAUGUAAUGUGAUAUACUACACGCGUAAAAAUCUCACCGCAUGUCAACAAGAUGUGCUUCUUCGCAGUUGUCGACAAGUCUGGAACAAGUUGUUGUCAUCUUGUGACAAGGUUGAUGAGGCCAAUAAGCUCGCAACAAGGUAAACCAACAAGUCUGAUAACGUCUGCACGUAACAAGUUGUUAACAAAUUGAUGACAGCAAGCUCGUUGCACCUUGUUACGAACAUCCUGUAUUAGUCUUGUUCGAACAACUUGUAUAGCAAGUCUGUUAAUAGCAAGCCUCAACCUUGUAGCAAUGAUAGCAACGUGUUCUAUACGUGUUCUAAACAAUUGGGAACAAGCAGUGCAAACUCAUCCUGAUAUCGGCCCAUAGAAAUAAUAGACAUAGAAUGCGUGCUCCUAUCUUUUCUCAGUAAAAAAUUUGUCUCCACAAAAUGGCGCAUUGAAAAUGGCAUUUUGGUUGGUCCCAGACUCCUGAGGCAGGGAAUUUCGCGCGGUUGCACCACAGAUGAAGUAUAUUCUUACUUAAUCUAUGGUUGCACGGAGUGCGAAUUAUUUUUUCAACUGAAAAGUUUGCAAAAAAUUUUAUAUCGGGACUUAAAAUGGAAAAAAAGUUUGGUAAACUAAGGAAAAGUGUCUAAAAACCCAUUCCAGUGGGUUUUUUUAGUUCUGAACAGAAUAUAUGCAGAAAUCGUCGUUUAAGAAUACAUUUUCAACGUUAUGUUGUUGUGCGAGCCAAAACAAAACACAAAAGAUAAAGACAAACUCAAUAGGUAUGUUUUACAAAUAUUUCAACUCUUUUACAGUAUAACUGGAGUUCAAUAAUCUUUUUAAACUUACACAAUUAUAUUUCGUAUUUUUCUACGUUGCUUGAGCUUGAGGCAACGCUUUUGAAACCAUGGUUUUCGACGAUUAUUUUUAGGCAAUUUUACAGUUUAUCGACAACUAUAAAAUGUUUCAAGAACAUGAAAACACUUCGUUUACAUUGCAGAAAAACGAAACCCGACGAAGAAAGAACUAUCAUUUUGUAAUCUUAUAAGAUGUUAGCAAAACAGUUACGUUUAGAGCAUGCAAAAAUGUUUUGAGUAAAUUAUAUUUUCGCGAAACUACUUUGCUUUUAAAAGGCUGCACGAUUUUCACUGUUUUCAUAGUGUUUUGUAACUGCACAUUUGCUUUGACAGUUUGUGGCUUCAAGGAACUCAAAAUCUAUCCCCAAACUACAAAUUAGACAACAAGACAAAACGUUUUGACGAUGAAACCGUAGUUUUAGCUUUGUUUAUACUUUGUAGUUUGCACCCCUGGCCAAAAUUCAAAAUGGCGCAUUCAAAAGGGCACGCACCUGAAAAAAUGGGGACAUGAUUCGUCAUUAGCACGCAUUCUAUGUCUAUUAUUUCUAUGUAUCGGCCUGACAACAACCUUGUUGCAACCUGUUUGCAGAUCUGUAACAACUUGCGCGUUUUUUGUGGUUAGCCUGCGCAUGCGCAGCUAACUACUAUGUUGAAAACCAUAAAAAUGUUUAGUGUGACAGUUUUUAGUCUGCGCAUGUGCGAAUUAUUGUAGUUAAUUAAACGCAUACGAAAGAGCCGUUGGUUUAUGGAAUUUUGUAGUUAAUUUAAAGGCAUACGAAAGAGUCGUUGGUUUAUGAAAUGUUGUAGUUAAAGGCUCCAGCAUACUCUUUUAUUGCGCAUAAUUAAAGCAGAUCGACAUCGACAUAUCAUAUCGUUGGUUUACUUUGGAGGUUCAUAUAUCUUUGGUUCAGUAAAAUGUCAACAUGAACAUGCAUUAUAGCGAUUUACGAUCUUUAGAAGUCAAACGAUACCAUAUUUCACACAAUUUUCCCGAACAAUGUAAACAAUGUCAAUGUAUUACCAAGGCAUAAGUGCAUAACCUUUCGCCGAACAGAACUGCGGUCCCUUUCAACUUAUCUUUUUCGUAACAGUCUUGUUCGAAUCAGAAUCCAGAACACUAUUCAGAGUGUUAUUUUCAAGCUUGUAUCUACAGAUUUGCAUCUUUUAUUUUGGUAUUUCAGAAUAUCUAAAUUUUUAGUGAGAGCUUCAACCGGAAAUACAAACUGAUUGUCGAAACAAUAUAAUGCUGUCCUAGCACUCGGGAAACGUCGGAAACUGAUUCGAGUCACAUUACCCCUGUAGCGUGGCCGAAGUUAUAUGUUGAGCGAAAGGUACGGGCAGUCUAUAUUUUUAUUGAGUAAUUCGAUAAUACACAAUCUCGCUUGCCUUUCAGAGGCGAUAAAUCGCUACAAUGUUGAUAAUGACCAAAACUAUUGUAAGGAACUAUUUGAUUUUUUCACUGAAUCAAAUGGUGGUAUUAUUGUCUUCAUAGCAUGCACUGAACUCAAGAUAUGAACAUCCAAAGGUUGGCAGCUUUUAGCCACCUACCAUGCUUGGGACUGAGCGAGCAAGAGUUUUAAAAUUUUAUUUUAGCCGUUUACAACCGAAAUAGUAACAUAAGUUAACAUUUUCUGGUUUGUUUUUAAAAAGGUUGCUGUAUUAUGGCUAUGUUAUACGGUAUCUGGCUUCAUACGACAAAGAAUGAAGAACAAAAAUUUUAUGGUUCAAUGGUUGAAAAAUCAACCAAGAUAUUUCGUUCAUUAUAUUGAACGAAAUCAGCUAUAUGACGAUAUAACAAUUGCCAAUCAUAUAGGCUAACCACAUGUACGCAAUGCUUAACUAUUUUUUAUACCUGUAAGAAAUUUCAGAGUAAUUUCAAAUUUGUGCAAACAGCGGAAGCCAUUUGUGUUGUGACACAAUUCCUCAAUCCUUCGACAGUUGCUACUCGAUCGCAUGACUUCGUUGCGUUUACUAUUAUUUUUCAUACUAACGUUGUGACUUCACCCUGUUGAUUAUAUUGUAUCAAAAAAUCAUGAAUUCUUUCAAUUUAAUAAUAUUUCCACCUCAGAACUAAAUACAGACUGGAUACUGUGUAUAUACGAUCCUCAGUAUCUUAAGAGGUGUUUAAAUUGGCUAACGAAAGAUUCACGUCAUUUUCACCUUAAGGGACAUUGGCAAUAAAAAAAUAGUUUAGCUCAUUUGAUAGACUUGCCACAAGUCGACCUCGAACGAAACCCGAGCCGCUCGCUCGCUCGCUCGCUCGAGCGACUUCGUCGCUCGCGUUUCGUUCGAGGUCGACUUGUGGCAAGUCUACUCAUUUGAAAGAACUCUUAAAACUAUCCAUAAUACAGUAAGAUGUUUUCAAAACAAACCAAAAAUAUUAAAGUUAACUAUUUCGAUGUAAACGGCUGGACAAAACUUUAAAAUCAACCAAGAUGGCGCUUAAUGACACGUAGUGACGUCAUGUGCAAGCAAAGAAUAAACAAUCUGUAAUAGAGUUUAAUAUAAGAUUAUAGAUUUUUAGUUGCCACGAAAAUCAACCAAGAUGGCGUCUAUUGCAAACGAGCAAUAUCUUGCUUAGUUUCAAGUUUUCGCGCAAAUUUUUUUAUCUUGAGAGUACGCGAUUGAUAUGAGUCCAAAACGAUGUUUCUGGUUGCUGUCUGAAAUCUAGAAAUGAUGAGAAACAUUUCAAACAAUUGUGGAUUCUUACUCGGUCAUUUUAGAGUAGUUUUAUGUGGUUGACCCAACUCCUGACGUCAUCAAAACCGUAGUUAAUGAGGUCAAGAAUUAGUCCAAGAUGGCGGACAGCUCAUUAAUUAAUUUCGGUCUAAAUAUUUCGAGAACUAAGAACGAUAUGACAAAUCGGUAAUAAAAUUUAAUAUAUAAUUUUAAGAGUUAUUUUGAAUGGGACAAACUAAUUUUUUAUUGCCAAUGUUCCCUUGAAAAAAACAUUGCACACCGUUGUUGUUUAGGUGCAGAAACAUUCAACAACAAUAUUAUCUGCGAUGAUGACGGGAAUGGACGAUCGUGACGACCCGGAAUGUGAUUUAACCCUCGAAGCAAUGGCGGGUUUAUCCAAGAUCUUAGCUGUUGUUGAUGAGAGCAAUGUCCGACAUAUCUUCAUCAACAUUUGUCUUCGUAUUAGACCCUGUUUCGUCAAGGUAUGUUUUUUAUUUCCUGAUUUUUAAAAUUUGACACAUCUGUCCACGAUACCUGUACUUUGCAAUCGUUGUAACUGUAUAGCACGUGCAGUUGCACGCGCACAGCAUGUAGCGAUAACUGCAUGCGAUUGGUUCUCUAAAUUUGGCAGUCAUUCUAAAAAUACAAGUGAUCUUUUGACAUGUUUUGACCAUAAUAUUGCCAACAGGACAUGCUCGACAGAAAUUAAACACAAUCAAAGGCCGUUGAGGUCGACUCACGGAUAAGAUCAAAUGAAAGUGACAGAAAGUGGCGCCGAGCGAAUUUUACCAUUUCACCCCUUUGUCGUGCUUCGUUUGCCAAAUCAAAUAACGAACGCGUGCUCCAGCCCGAUUCCGGUUCUGAAAGGGCCGAUUCGCAGCCCGAUUCGAUGCUUCGCAGCAUCCGUGAGUCUCAAAUGGCAGAGCCUUAUUUUCUUCCUGAAGGGAGAUCAGCCUCUGCUCUCAGGGUAACUGAACACAUGCAUCAACUUUUAAAAUAGUUUGAUCAUGUUACAAGUAUGUUAUUUAACGUGUAUGUAUGAAUAUCUGAAAUUAUGAAUGUGGACAGUGGUCAGUGCCAUUUUUUGCCGUGCCAUUUUCUCCGUAUUAGUCAAUUUCCUGCCGCCAUUUUUUCCAGUGUCAUAUAUCCGGUGCCUUUAUUUACGAACACCGUCUCUUUGCUAUAUAUUUUUAGUUAAGACCACCAUUGCCUCCAACAUUUUUAUGUAUGUUAUUAAUACGUAAUAGGCUCGUUUUGAGUGCAAUUUGGAUAAAACAAGCACUGGUCAGUUUUGAAAGACUCGUGCACUUUUAUCCAAAUUGCGCUCGAAACCAUCGUGUUACCCAUGCUAAUUACGAUGAAUAAAUGAACCUUGUCCAGUAAAUUGGCUCCGUCACCAACGUGUAAAAGAACAAAAAAAACGUGAAAAGUUUGAUUCUGUGAUACAAGUUUAUAGUAAAGUGGGGCCUCAACAUCAGGAUUUGCAGAUUUACUUGAUAGACAAUGUGACAUAAUAUUUUCCGUCGGAAGCGCGUGUAUUACUGCAGGAAACGAUGCAGACAAGACAAUGAAUUAUUUGUAUGCUAGUGAGCAACAUUGUGAAAGGAGACCCGCUACGAUACAGAGAUCAUAUUUUUGGGAAGCGCAAAAUCCGUGCUGAAAUGGCCAACUUAAGGAACCCAGAAGAUUACCAUGCCCAUUUUGAUCCAAAAACGUCCCUCGAACAGUAUUAUAAAAACUUUUCUGUGUUGCCGUUUAUUAAAGUAUUGCAUGAGUUUUGGUCCAGCUUUAAGGCGCCAACUGACGAACGUUCGAUAUCUCGAGUUUGGUGGUGGACCUUCUAUAAUGAACGUUAUUUUUGCCUCUCGAAAAGUGGAUCAUAUUGUCUUUUCGGAGUAUACAGAAGCAAAUAGACAAGCCGUGAAGUCGUAGAUUGCUGGCGACCCAGACGCCCACGACUGGAUGCCUUUAAUUAAAAUCGCUGUUCUUGAACUCGAACAAGGACGUGGCAUUGUAGACGGGAGUAGUGAAUCUUCCGCAGACAAAGAGAAGCUCGAGCGUGUAUUAAAUGCCGCAGCUAAUGAAGUGAAACGAAAAAUAAAAUCUAUUGUCCCAUGUGAUGUGAACAAAGCACCAAUAGUUCAACUUGAUGGUGUUGAUGUUGCCAAGCCAUUUGAUGUUGUGUCCACCAGUUUGUGCCUAGAGUCAUGUGUGUCGUCUGAGGCGCACUACAAGAGCGGCGUCGCAGAACUUUGCAAAUUUCUCAAACGAAAUGGCUACCUAUUUAUGAACGGUGUGCUGGAGGAAACGUAUUAUUAUGUCGGCAAAGAAAAGUUUCACAGCUUUCCCCUAACUGAGAAAAUGGUGAAAGCAGCAAUGAUCAAAGCAGGAAUAGAAAUUGAGAAAUUUGCAGCAAUUCCUGGCAUUCCAGUAGACCACACAGAACUUACCGACGCUACAGAUAUAUUUUAUAUUUAUGGCAGAAAAUCUGUGGAAAAGUGA